GGGGAAAGUUAGUAUUCAUAUACACACACACCAUACACACAUAUCACACAGACCUUCACCAACACUUUAGUCCACCACAGCUGUCAGAUCGCCUCACUACACCACACCAUGCCUAUUACAAUCUACAUGAGCACUGCCAGUGGCUCCAGAGAGAUAAAGAAACAACAGGAUGCAAUCUUCCAGUUCCUCGAUUCAAAGAACAUCAAGUACUUUGCCAUGGAUAUCACUGUGAGCACUGAUGUGAAGGAUGAGAUGAGGCAGAAGGUGGGGAAUCCCAAAGCCUUGCCUCCUCAGGUCUUCAAUGGAACUCAAUACUGCGGGGACUAUCAGGCGUUCUUCGAAGCAGUGGAAGACGGCAAGCCAGAGAAAUUCUUCAAACUAUGAGUCAAAAAGUGGACUGUAUAUAGUGGACGCUUAAGCUUAUCUUUGUGCAAUAGACAGCUUAAAAGCUCGAGAUUCUGCUACAUGGGAACAUUUCUCCGCUUGCAAAUUAGUAUCAUUAAAUAAUAAUAUAAUAAAUGAUAUGAUUAAUAUUUCAUUACAUUAUACUAUUACUCUUAAAAUAAGACAUUUUGUAAAAUUAUGUUUUAAUUAAAUACAUUUUAUGAGGUUUUUAAUGACAGACAGAUACUGUAUAAGUAUUCCAUUCUGUUUAUUAGGUACAUCUACAUAUCAUUUGUUUUUUCUUUGUUUCAUGGAUAAUACACAGCCAAUAUGCCCUACUUAUAUUACUGCAUACUAUAAAGUCAACCAGUGCUAA